CAGUGGCAACAGGAGCACCGAGUACCAGUUGCUCAACACUUGAUCACUUUGCAUUGCUCUUUCUCCUCCCUUAAGUGAAUGUCCGUUUGGAGGGUACAGCUCCACAGAAGACAGGUGUGGCGGUGGUGGUGGAGGGUGUGUGGGGGCAGGUGGUGCGCGGGAGUUGGAACGUCCAGUGUGGGAAAGCAGAGGAGUGCCCACCAGGACGCCGAUACCACUUGCCCUGGGGCGCUGCCUUCCGCUCUCGCCGGGGAGAAACCGGCAGUUUGUGAGGGCGACGGAGGGGGUCGUGUUUGUGGCGGUGGCGGCCCCUCGGGGGUCUUUGUCCCCUCGGAAUAGACCGGGACUGCUGAGGGGAAGGGCCGGGGGCCCCGGCGGUUGCCAUGGUGACUCAGGGUCGGCGGCUCCGCGCGGUGGAGACAAAGCCGCCAGCCCGCCAGCCCGCUGGCUCCUCGCGCGAGCUCCUCCUCCGCGGGCGCCUCCCUCCCAGGCGCCGCCGCGGCCCGAGCGGCUCCCGAGCCCUGCGCCGCCGCGGGCCAGACCCUUCCUGUGGCCUUUAUAAAUAUGCAUUUGAGACAGAGUUAUAUGCAGAAGUUGAAAAUGCCUGGAAGAUUUCUGGUUUCUUUCACUGCUUUUCCUGCCUUUUUGUGUCGCUGCCAGAUUUGGAUGAUAUAAUAUUCAGAGGGGCACCUUAAUCAAAGCCAUUCUUCAACAAGACACACCUGGCAGAAAAUAGCCCACGUAAUUCAAGAUGGCCAGUCAACCUCCCGAAGACACUGCAGAGUCUCAGGCCUCUGAUGAGCUCGAGUGCAAGAUCUGUUACAAUCGUUACAAUCUGAAACAGAGGAAACCCAAAGUGCUGGAGUGUUGUCAUAGGGUUUGUGCCAAAUGCCUCUAUAAGAUCAUCGACUUUGGGGACUCCCCACAAGGUGUCAUUGUCUGUCCUUUCUGCAGGUUUGAGACGUGCCUGCCAGAUGAUGAAGUUAGUAGUCUGCCGGAUGACAACAAUAUCCUCGUAAACUUGACUUGUGGAGGCAAAGGGAAGAAGUGCCUGCCAGAGAACCCCACGGAGCUGUUGCUCACCCCCAAGAGGCUGGCCUCUCUGGUCAGUCCUUCUCACACGUCCUCCAACUGCUUGGUCAUAACCAUCAUGGAGGUGCAGAGAGAGAGCUCCCCAUCCCUGAGCUCCACUCCUGUGGUAGAAUUUUAUAGGCCUGCAAGCUUCGACUCUGUCACCACUGUGUCACACAACUGGACUGUGUGGAACUGCACAUCCCUGCUGUUUCAGACAUCCAUCCGGGUGUUGGUGUGGUUGCUAGGUUUGCUGUACUUCAGCUCCUUACCCUUAGGAAUCUACUUACUGGUGUCUAAGAAAGUCACCCUUGGGGUCGUCUUUGUCAGCCUGGUCCCUUCGAGCCUUGUUAUUCUUAUGGUGUAUGGUUUUUGCCAGUGCGUUUGUCAUGAAUUUCUAGACUGUAUGGCGCCUUCUUCUUAAUUGGUAUGCAAAAUAAGAAACUGGACACAUUGCCCUGUUUGAGUAUGAAGUUAGAUAAUUUAUAAUUUAUUUUCUUUUAUGUUCUUUGUGAUUAGUGUCCAUGACAUUAACAAAGCUCCCUUGGCCAUAUGUUGACUUGAUUGGUUUUCCUGAAGUCUGGAAAUAAAAAUGUUCAUUUCUACUAAAGGGUUAGCAAAAUUGUAUAAGCUCACCCUUCACGGAGCACUGACAGCAGUGAGUCUUCCCAGAGAAAGGGCAGGGUUUCACUCAGCACUGCCAGACAGACAGUAGGGUUGCAGUGUGUUAUGCUGUAGGGAGAGUCGGGAAUGAAUGGAUCCCUCUUUUCAUAGUCAUGGACAUUCUAUGAUGGCAGUUGGACAUGAGAGGAAACUUGCCUGAGACACAUCUGUUACAAAGCGUGCACUCCCUCCCCGCCCAUACUCCUGGUAUUGGAACACCCUGGAAUUGUCUUCAGGUCUUUGUUUUCUCUCUUAAGUCACUCUCUGUGGUCAGUGUUCCCACUAAGAUACCUGUUCCCUCUGUGCAUUCUCCCUUGCCAAGAGGAAGCUCAGUUCCAUUCCCUCGGGUGGUUUCAACUGAAUACCUGUUUUGCCACAUUACUAAAGAGAAUGAAAAGCAUUGAGGAAUUUGCAUCACAGUGAACUUUGUGGCAUAACGUGGCCAUUUGUCCUCGAGACACACUCUUUCCUCCAUGUCUGUUUUCCUCUCUCUCAGUCUUCUCUGAGAAGAAUGGAGGAAGUGAACUUCUCAUAGAGCGAUUGUUCUUCAUGAAACCUUCAUCUGAGCCUUUCCUUCUAACAUCUUAGUUUGGUUUUUUAAACCACAUUGCUCAAUGAGCCUUACUCGUUGUCCUGAAAAGGUUCCGUUUAAAUUAGCUGCUAUAAAUUCAUAAAAACUUUCUUUUUUUCCCAUUAUAUCUUUUGUUCCAUUAGGAUUUACUUAACUGAAUCUUAUAACAAUUCCAGGUGAACUGUGGCAAUGAAAACCCAGACACAGUUAAUGAGAUGCUUCGCUCACAGUUUGAAGUGCUGAAGUAUUUUGCUGUAUGGUACUGAGUUGUAUCAAAAUAUGAUGGUUUAGGUUUAUGUGCAAGACUUUGUGAUGUAGUCUAGACGGAGGGGUGGGCAAGCGACAUGCAAAGCGGAUGCUCUACUUGAAAAGACCCUUCGAGGAAGUAAAAUGGCGGGGGCAGAGUGCAGCUUACCGCGUUGCUAUCUCUGUUGCCUUUUAGUGGGUUUUGGACUGGAUUCAAGUUCUUACACAAUUUAUUUUGAAUAAAAGCAUAACCCAGGUGAUUUCAGUUAAUGAACUUCUUUUCAUGAUGUAGGGAAAGUUGAAUGUGUAUAUAUAUUUCUGAGAAGAAAUUGUUUAGCAGAUUACAAGUUGGCAGACUUGUUCACAGAAACUAGGCAAAAAUUUUAAAAAGCAUUUUAGUCUCUAAAACCCAUUACUAAUGAUUAACACGAAAAUAUUUGUAACUCUUAGAAAGGGGGCAUUACUAAGACGACUUUAACUUGUUUGUGGUGAAGUCUUUGUUGUGUGAUGCAGGUAUAGUGCACCCAUUCCAAUGUCUGUAUUCAGAACAAAUUGACAUGACUGGAGUAGCAGUUUGAUUCUAAUUGUAAAACUAAACUUUGGGAACUUGUAUGCCCAAAGUAAGUAGGAUGAAAGUACAUAUGGGAUAUGGUCCAAUGAAUUUAAGCCCCAAGAUACAGCUAAGUACAUUUAUGAUUUCAUAAACUCUAGUUUGGAUAGUAUUGUGAUGCAAUUUCCAGAAAAUUAUUUGUGUUUAGAGUAAAUAUCAUGUUUAGAAGAUGUUUUGUGGUUUGGAUUUAUAUAUUUAUAAGUUUUUUAAAAAAUGAUUGUUUUGUCUGAAAUGUAACAUUGAAUAAACUGGUGAGUUAUAUAAUGAGGUUUCUAGAAAGCUCUGGACAUGGGUAGUAUCUGUUUCGCUUAUCUGUAUAAUGUCUACAAUGAUAAAUUUGUGUCUCUGUGUAUUGUGGGCAGUCUUUUUUCUAGUUAAUUUGGCUUUAAAGAGCAGUCUUUGUAUGACACCAGAAAACUCUUCAUGCUAUUGAAUGAAAAAAAGAUAAUGCUUUAAUAUUUUAUUCACUGUGAUACUGUUUUGUUUGUCUAUUAAACUUAUUAUUUUCAAAUUCAGAA